AUAUAUGAAGAAAGCGUAAUCAAAUAACGUGCGAGGGGUACCGAAUGGAGAAACAAGAAAAAACAUCGUUGGAAUAAUCUCCCCUUUUGAUUGCCCACGAGCUUUCAAACGGUUGAGAUCCGGUGCCCAAGACAGGAGAAAAGUGAACCGUAUUGCUGGGGACUCCAAUGCUCAUCGGAUUAAGGAUAUUCUUCCUGACGAUAUAGCUGUCAAAUGCCUGCCAAUCUCUGAUGAGAAUAUGUAAUGACAAUGACAUUCGCCAACUCUGUUUUCAAAGGUGCCAAAUUUUCUUGUGAUCGUUUUUGCCAUGCAUUGUUGAGAGACUUGCGGAAGAUGGAUGUUCAACAGCUGUAUCUUCAUCUAGGCUCAAAUGACAUUCUUACGAAUGAAGCGGUGUUUUACCGAGAUGUAGCUGACUUGUGCGAUUUGGUGCAUCAGGAGGUGCACAAUCGGUGUCCAGAAUGCAGGGUUGUUUGCUCCAACGAAGACGCUUUGCUGAGCCACUUCUGCAGUCGCCACAUCAAGCAACCAGAGACUGGAAAAGAGAGUAAAAUUAAGCUGAUAGGCUCACCAAUGAUUGCAUCUGCUAAUCAUGAACUCAACGAAGUCAGCUCAAGGAAGUGGAAGGCAUGCUUGGAAAAUAGAAGUUUCCAUUAUGAAGGAACAUACAAACAUUUCCCACCCACCAUGUGGAUCAAGAUGUUUGGGCUGAUGAUUCUGGGUCGUAUGUGUGGACAAGGUGGUCUUCAUUACAUCAUGAUGCAGCUGUGUAUUCAACAACAUGUUAACCUGUCCCAGCGGAUGUUGAUGCUCUUAAAUGAUGUUGAGAAAAAUCCAGGACCGUUGAAUCAUUAUCCUUGCCAAAGCCAGAGAGAUAUAGUGUUGGCGUUUUCCAUCGGAGUAUUCGUGCAAAUGGAUAUCUUGCAAGGAAGACUUCCACUCCAUAGGACAGCAAGAUGCACAUAUCAUCUCUCAUGUGGUUCAAGAGAAAUGCUGUAGAUGGGGAGACUGUACCAAAGUCCUGAGCUUUAAUAGUCUUGAAAUCCAUGAACUUAAACAUCUCUAUGAUGUGAGUUUAGCACUGUGUAUGAACUGGUGUUGUUUCAUUUUCUGCAUAUCUUUAUCUCAGUCUUCUCUAGUGUUGAUGGUCAAAUACAUAUUGUCUGCCAGUUUUUUCCCCCAAUACUGCCGUUCAUCGUUUGCUUGCAUCAAGAGUUUUAAAAGAAAUUAAAACUCAUUUGUUUAGUUAGAAUCUUAUGAAAGACUUAAAUGGCCAUGUUUAAUACAAUUGUAUAACAACAUAUACGAGCUAAAAAAAUAGUUGGAAUAAUUAAUGUAUAUAUGAACAUAACAAAUUUACUUAAAAUCAUAGGUCUUGUUUUUGUCUGCCAUUAUAAGAACCAGAACAUAUUUCGGACAUUCGAGGAUUGACUUGCUGUGUUAGAGGAUCAUCAGGUGAAGGAAGAAACCAGGCUUUUUUCGACUCAAUGUUGAUGAAACCUGAUCGACAUACUCAUCUUGGUUGAGUAAGCCUGGGUUAAGUGUGUCCAAAAAGUAGGUAACCUGGUGAAAUCUUAGGAAAACAUUGUAACCAGAUCCAGGUUUAUUUGACUGACAGACCGAUGGACAGUGGGUCAACCGUAAAUCCCUUCAUGUGAAAACGGUAGGGACAAAAUAAAUAUCACAUUGCUCUUCUGCGUUCAUUUGUAAACCAAGUUUUAUCACAAAAUUAAAAUGGUCAAUGUAUUAUUUUGUGUAUUUAAAAAUUAUGUGAAUAUUAAGUUUCAUGAAAUCUUACUGAGUUUUCUCAAUUUUAGCUACUAUUCGGACAUGGACUGACGGACAAAUGGGCAACAAUGUCGCAAUUUGUAUACCAAGUUUUAUAAGAAUUGUUUCAUAAAAGUAACCAAUGUGUCUGUUCUAUGUCAAGGUAACUACUAGGAUGAAAUACACAAAAAGAUUUU